ACCAAAGGCAAAGUCGAGCUGCUGAGGACACCAGAGCCAGAGAAGCUGAGGGGUGUCACUCCUCUUGAGGGCUCCACACUCACUGGAAUGGACUUUUAAGAUGCUGAGUCGCUGGCGACGCUCUGUGGGCGAGCUCUUGGCUGCCCAGGAGGCAGUAAAAGAGUGCAGGAAAGGCUGGUCAUCUCUAACCCAAGUGACGGCCUGUUUCCAACAGUUGACGCUUUGCCUUGGAGGAAGUUCUGACUGUGGACCCUUAAGGGAGGAACUUGAAGAAGCUCGUCGAAAGACUCAUCAGCUUAGCAGUGGCCUACAGAUCCGCCUCACCAACCUGCUUACCAAUGGGAAGCUUAACACCCGGGAUCGAGAGGACAUGGAAAGACUUUGGGUCCUCUUUCUGUCCAGCAUGGAACUGUUUCAACAAGAUCUCAACAAAGCAUUCCACCUGCUCAUCCUUUUCCCUUUAAAUUCUUCCAAGGACACUCAGGCAUUGGUGAGUACUGGACUGGGAGCAUAUCGAACUGAUGGGGGCAACAGAGCUGCCACCAUCCAGUUGCCCUGGGGCACAACUGAGGGGGAGGAGCUGCCAGAUAUCUGCAUACACAUUGUAAAGCUGGAUGCCAUGAUUCAGCAGAUGAUGCAGACAGUUAAUAUCCCAAUCUGGGCAGUUGAAGCGACGCAGGCACCAUGGGUGGAGGUGAGCGACCAGGCAAUAGAGGCAGACGGGACCACGUCAGAAGAGAUUUUAGCCAUAGAAGAGGAGAGCAAUCGUUGCCGUCGGUGGUACUGCUGCGACAGGCGCUGUCGGCUUGGGCGGCUUUCCUGUAUGACAUCCUAAUAUUACACAAGCAAACAGCAAGGGUAUAACACAAUUUAGUUCAUCAUCAAGUGAUGCUGGAAUGCAAAGAUGGGGAGGAAAACC